AUGACAAGGCAGAGGAUGGAUGAAUUGUUCAAGAGAAGAAAGUUAAACACUAGCAACAGCAACAAAACCGCCACUUAUGAAGAUGACGAAGAUAAUAAUAAUGCAUUGAACAAGACGUACGGUAUUGGUGCUAAAUUACUUUCCAAAAUGGGAUAUACCAUGGGUAAAGGUCUCGGGAAAGAUGGAGAAGGUAUUUCUGAACCUAUUCAAGUUGAACAAAGACCUGCUGUUGGUCAUGCUGGGUUAGGAAUGCUUUCGAUGGGAGCUAGAAAGUGGAGAAAGAAUACUCAGGACAACGACUAUUAUUCAGCGUUGGAUGAUGAUGAUAUAGGCCCUUCUUCUGGCGAUGAUAAUGAGACUUCCAAUGUGAAAAAUGUAGUCACUUUUCAAAGGAAGAAUCAUCAAAAAACUCGUGAUGAUGAAGAAAAUGCUGAUUUUAUCAGGAGGUUGCAAAAUUUGAGAUCAACUGAUGAUAAUUUUUUUGGUAUUCCAACCCAAAAAUUCGAACAAAUAUUGGAAUCGAAUAAACCAAUUUCCUCAAGUAAACGAUUGGCUUUAAAUGAAAUUGUUAACGAAUUGAUGUUGUUCCAAUCUGAGUCGAAAUCAUUAGAUUAUCAAAUUGAAGCACUACAAUCACAACUUGAAGAUUUGGAAGUAAAAGAGACGCUUUUUCAAGAUAUCAAAUCAUUGUGGAGUACUACAGAUAAUAAAAUAGAAACUGUUGCCCAAAAGAUAAGGAUUAUAGACGAUGAUUUACUUGUUGAUAAAUUAAUGGCCCAACUAUUUUCUGAGGUAUUUCUAAAAGACAUUGGAAAAUUAGAUAAUUGGAAUCCAUUAGAGAUUGAUAAUAUAAUCUUAAUGCAAUUGGAUCCAAUCGUUACGGAUUUAACAUAUAGAAUGGAUACUGAUUCUAAACAUUUAAAUCGUACACAAACAAUCGUUUUCAAAAUCAUUUUCAAUAAAUUAUUAGCAUAUAUUGAAAAUUUCCAAUUUACUAAAGAUGGCAUUAAUGAAAUAGUUUCAAUAUUAUUAGAUUAUGAAACAUUAUUAAGAUUUAUUGGAUGUUUUGAUUAUAUUAUGAUGAAAUAUGUACAACCUAGGAUUCUUGAACAAGUUAAAAAUUGGGAAUUACAAGAGGAAGCGACAUUCCCACCUCAUUUAUGGUUAUUUGAAUUUUUCGUGGUUAUUGAUGAGAAAACACGUCAAGAAAUUGAAAACAUUAUUGAAAAUAAAUUCGAGACAUAUUGUCGAAAUUGGUAUCAUCGAAUUUCUCAUCAUUUAAAUGAUUCUGAAUUAAUUUUCAUAAGAGAACUAAUAAGUGAGACGAAAUAUUAUGGAAUUACAAGAACACAUUUCAUAUUUAAGUUUUACAGGCAAGUUUGGGAUAAAUAUUUUGAUUUGAUUCAGACAUUGGGUGAGGAAGAUGAGGAUAAUAAAUGGGACUAUGAGUUUGAUGGAUCUAUAUAUGCAAUGAGGAAACUGCGACAAGAGAGGUAUCUUUUCAGCCCUGAAAUCUACAAGUUAUUUCUUACUUCUCUUUUCAAUGGAAUUAAUUUCAUUCUUUAUCAAUGGAUGAUAUAUUGUGAGAUUGAUGUAGAUAGACAAAAUGCGAAGCUAUGGCUUAAUGGUAUUGUUAAUGAAUUUUUCAUGAAUGGUCCUCCUCCUACAGAGUUUGAAUCUAAUGAAAUUAAGAAGUGCUUGAGUUUUUUAGAAAAUUGGGAUAUUGACAAAUCCAAACCUUUACAUAAUGAAAACUUUGAUUUAUAUGAUGAACUACAUAAACGUGGAGAUAUCGAUUCGAUAAAAUAUGUUGCUGAUGAUACAAAGGAAGGAGAAGAGGAGGAUGAGGAAUACACAGUACAAAACAUCCCAUUAAGGAAAAUAAAGCCCAGCUUUAAAGAUGUAGUUGAAGAUUAUUGUGAAGGGCAUGGCUAUAUAUUAAGAAAGAUACCAAAUAGUUUUUGUCAAUUACCAUAUGGUAAAGAUCAGAACGCACUUGUACCUGUAUUUGAAGUAGAGAAAAAUUCAGGAACUAUAUCAUUUAUAGCAAUGAAGGAUGAUAUUUUGUGGAUUAAACAUUCACAAAAUAAUUAUAUACCGUCAUAUUUAUGGGAAUUGUAA